CAGCCGUGGCUCAAGGUGUCAGCAGGGAGGGUGGUUUAAAUUUAACCACCACAGGACUGAUAUCUGCAUGGCAGGUCCUGUCUCUCCCCUUCUGCUCUCUCUCCUCACACACAGACACACACAGUCUGUCUUCAUAGUCACCAGCCACAGACAUCAUCACACACAGCAGCAGCAGCAGCUCCCUGUCAGGAGACGCUCCUCUUCCUCCUCCUCCUCUUCUUCUCUUUCACUCAUCAGACCACCUGGAUUGUACUAGAGGCCAGCUGAGGACGCGGCAGCAGCAGUGACGGCAGUGGAGGAGAGAGAAGGGACGCUCAGCGUUGCAAAGGGAAGGAGAGCGGAGCAAACAUUCACACUGAGGAUAACACUUCAUCCGAGCCAGCAGGCUGAAGGCACAGCCAGUGGCACUGCAGAGGCACAUCAGCACCGUGGGCUAAAGAUUUGCUGCGAGAGGUAGACGAACAUGCGAUCCCGCAGCAAUAGUCUGGAGGAUGUAACCAAGGCCAAGCUGGCGCAGCAGGCAGACACUCGCAAGAGAUCUGCAGAGCGAGACGAGCCCUCUGGAAGGGCAGAGCGUCGCGGUCGACACCGCGAGCCACCAGAUGACACCGGCACCAUUCAGAGGAACAACAAGACUCCCAAGAAGAGCACCAGCGCAGGAGGAAGUGGGUGCAGCAGCAGUGCCAGCGGCGCUGCCAAGGGUGGUCGAAGGGAGAAGGGCAGGGACCUUUCCCGUGAUGACCUUGUCUUUCUUCUGAGUUUGCUUGAAGGAGAGCUACAGGCCAGAGAUGAGGUGAUCACGGUGCUGAAGGCAGAGAAGAUCGACUUGGCCCUGCUGGAGGCCAAAUAUGGUUUUGUCACACCACAGAAGGUCCUGCAAGCUCUGCAGAGAGACGCCAUCCAGGGCAAGUGUGACGUCUUCCAGGAAGACAUCUAUGAAAAACCCAUGGCAGAGCUGGAUAAGCUAGUGGAGAAGCAGAGGGAGACGCACCGGCGGAUGCUAGAGCAGCUGCUGAUGGUGGAACAAUCACACAAGCAGACCUUGUACAAGCUGGAAGAUGAGAAGAGGAACCACGGGGAGUUCAUAAAGAAGAGUGACGAGUUCACCAACCUGCUGGAGCAGGAGCGAGAGAGUUGGCAAGUGGCAGUCACUAUCAAAUUGAUUGCUAAAGCCCCAGUCAUGCAGGCCUUGAGACCAGUCAGUGACCCCUUGGCAACCACUGGUUUCUAG